GUGCUGAAAGCAGAAAAACAUGUUCAUUCUCCAGUUACAUUCCAGCCGCAAAGAAGGCAGGCGAGACACACGGGACAAAAACAUAAAACGACCGACUGCGGGAAGACGCUGGGGUGUGAGCGCUCGCGGGGACGAGUUGAAAAGCACACAGCAAGAGAAAUAGGAGGAAGAGACAGAGAGAGAGAGAGAGAGAGAGAGAGGGAGAAGCGAUGACGCUGUAGUGGAAGGUGGCUACAGUAGGCAGUGGGCGUGUUUUUCUUGUUGUGAUCUAUAGUUGGGAAGCCCGGUGUCAUCUGCUUAAGCACAGACCGGCUGUGCAGACGCGUGUGGCUGAGCGGGACAGAAGGAACAGGCAGGGAAUGCCAUACCUGGAAAUGCACACUGCUCUACCUCGGUCUCGACCCUGAGGGCACUGUGGAUGAGGAUUCCUUUCCCCUGCGCGGCCACUUUGACACAUCAAGGCAUGAGGAGAGACAUUCUGGGAUAGAAGUAUCUGAGAGACUUUGAGCGCCGGCUCUGCAAUUGCAAAGGGAAUUUUAUGUGUGAGUGUGUGUGUUAGCGCGCAUUUGUGUAAUGCGUGCAGUUGUGGGUGCGGCCUGUGUGCCUUCCUUCCAUCUUUAGCAUGUGCAGAUGUGUGCAGAAGUGAAGCUGGCAACUGGCUUGGAGUUUGUCAACAUCUGGAUUGAGGGGGUCACGUCUCCCCUUUCUGCCCCGGGGAAGGAGCAUUGGGUCGGGCAGCCAAUGGCCCCGCUCACUUCUACCACCAUCUUUAACCUGGGUCACAGGGACUCCUUCUAGCAGGCCAUUCAGCUGGACCGUACAAUGGAUGGAAGUCUAUGUGGAAUUAAGUGGAACAGUGCACUGGAGCUCCAGCAUAGGUCAGAGUUCAUUAGCGUACAGUGGACUCAUCAAGGGAAGCCAGAAGACAAUUUGGUCCACAAGCCAGCAAGGACACAGCCCCAUUAGUGUGCUCGCACACGACGCCGUGGCAGCCUACAUUACGGUAGCCUUCAGCCUCUCUUUGAGGGAAAUAAUUCUGCCCGAUCUCUCUCCUCAUCAGAAUGCAGCGGAAACACUUGAAGAAUGAUGAGCUCCAAAGAGGAGGAAACUCUCCGGUUUUUCCAGUAUGUUGAGGAGAACGGCCUGAGAGCCUACAACGGCCUGGUAGCUCAGAACUUGGACUACGCCAGGAAUGAGAGAAACAGGACAUACCUGCAGGAAAAGAACGAGAAGAAGAGAAAACAGGAGGAAGCCAUAAGGAGAACGGGUGAGGACAUAGCCACUGAAGGCAAGCACUUGCGUAUGGGCUCCAUUACAAUGCCAGACCCCCAAGAACGCAUGCCCAUGCCCCACCUGCACGCCAUCGCCUGUGGGCAGGGUUUCUCCGUGCGCUCCCAGUCCCUCCACUCUGUCGGCGGCGGCGGCGGCAACAGCGGGGGCGGAGGCGAGGAGGAAGUGGGAAGUCCGACCUCCAGGAAGCAGCCCCCACCUAAGCCCAGGAGGGACCCGGCCACCAAGCUGAGCAUGUCGUCCGAGGCGGUGGACCACAGUCCAGUGUCCACCUGCCGCGGGGAGAGAUGUGACGGAGCUCAAGGAUGCAGUGAGGACUGCAGGCGGGUGCCGCCACCCAAACCCAAGAGGAAUCCCAACACACAACUGAGCGUCUCUUUCGAUGAGUCUUACAUUAAGAACCAUGGGGGCGGCGGGGUCUGUCCCUCCAGGCCACUCCACCACGUCACUUCCCCCUGCGAGCGCAACCCCUCGUCCCCGCAGAGUGACGAGAGCCCUACAGAUGACUGUGAAGACGAACCCGUCUACAUAGAGAUGGGCGGGAUCGACGUUGGACCACGGGAACCCCUGAAGAGCGAGGACGAGGAGCCAGGAGAGUCCGUGUAUGAGGAGAUGAAGUACCCGGCCCUGGAUGAUAUGGAGUACCGCACUGACCCUGUGGGGUGCCGCUCCGCGUGCCCCACCCCGGCGCCCUACGAUCCCGAGCCUCUCAGCCGCUGCUCCACACCUCGAAACAUUCCCCUCUGUGACAUUCCCGCGCCCUUCCCCAAUUUGCUCACCCACCGACCUCCACUGUUGGUAUUUCCGCCAGCGCCGGCGCAGUGCUCGCCCAACUCGGACGAGUCUCCCCUCACCCCGUUAGACGUGACCAAAUUACCCAUGCUGGAGAACCAGUCCUACAGCAAAUCCCCGACCUCCUCCAGCGAGCCCCCCUCGUCUGCGCACCUCCGCAGGGAGCUCACCGCCACCCCCACGCUCACUGUCUCCGGCCGCUCCUCCGCGCCUCCUCUGCCCUGCACCCUGUACAAAUCCUCCUCGUCGUCCUCCUACCAGCGGAGCCACUCGGCUUGUCCGUCUCCAGUCAGCAUGGGCCGCUGCCUAACCCCUCUGAGCCUCAUGCGCACACCCCCGUUCGACGCUCCGAUGCCCUUCCCCGGCGGGCUGCCGCGGAGCGCCUCUGCCACGCCCCACGGCAAGGGCUCGCCACCUCAAGACGGCGUGGGGCGGCUCCACGGCUCUAUGCAGAACGUGUCGACGGGGCGUUCGCGGACACCCACCAGUCCGCUGGACGAACUGACCAACCUGUUCACCACAGGCAGGAACAUGCUGAAGAAAAACUCCAGCGGCAGAAAGUCUAAAGAGCCUGGAGAGACUGAGUCCAAAAGCAAGUCUCACAGUGAUUCCAAGCGAGAAGGCAAGGAACGCCACGGCCACAGCAAGGAGUCCAAGCGAGACUCCAAGGAGCGCCAUGGCAAAGACUCUUCUCAUCGAAGAGACAAAGACAGAGAUAGGGACAAAGACAGAGACAGAGAUAGAGAUAGAGACAGAGACAAAGAUAGAGACAGGGACAGAGAUAAAGACAGAGGGAGCAGCAGUGCUGAACAUUUGCCCCACAGACGCAACAGCAAAGACCGUACAUGUAGCAGUGUAGAUACACCACCUGUUCGCAGGGAUAGCAGCGGUGUAGAGGCCAUUCCUGUGAGACGGGACUCCAAAGACAGGGGUUGUGGCUCCUUAGAACCCAACCCUUUGAUAAGGAGAGACUCCAAGGACAGGGGCAUUGGCAAUAGUGACCUGUUGCCAAGGAGAGACAGCAAAGAUCGGAGCGGGGGACACGGCAUAGAGUGCUUGCUGAGACAAGACAGCAAAGACCGACUGCUAGAUCAGCCGCCCGAGCUGUUACCAAAACAUGACGGCAAGGAAAGGGCAAGAAACGGCUUAGACUACAGACAUGAAAGCAGAGAGAGACUGCUGGAUCAGCCACCUGAGCUCUUACCCCGGCAAGACAGUAAAGAGCGAGCCAGGAAUGGUGUGGACUCAAAGCACGAAAGCAGAGACCGGCCACCUGAUCUUCCCCGACAAGAAAGCAAAGACCGAGUUAGAAGUGCUCCAGAACACAGACACGAUGGCAAAGAUCAUCGUCCAGAUUUGCCCCCCCAUCAGGAGAGCAAAGAGAGAGAAAGAAACGACGUCGAGCACAGACAUGAAGGUAGAAUUGACCAGCCACCGGAGAUCCUACCCCGACAAGAAACGUCCAGAAGCAGCAAAGACAGGGUUGGGUCCAGUUCGGAAUCCAAGUACGAGGGGAGAGAUCGGAGCUGCCACAAUGGAGGAGGAGAUCUUCCUCCUCCUCUUUUACCCCGGCAGGACAGUAAAGACCUGAGCAGAACUGGCCUUGAAGUGAGGCGGGACAGCAAAGACAGAAGCCUGAAUGGCUCAGAGCAGCAUCAUUACGACCUCAAGAGCACCAAGAGCCCCUCCGCAAUGGAGUACAGGGGUGAUAAUAAAGAACGAGGCUACAGAUCUGAUGGAACGCCCCGGCGAGACAAAAGAGCAAAUUACAACAUGGACCAGUCAAAAGCACAAGAGAGGAAUGGCAGCACAGCUUCAGGGCAGCACUCAUCAACAACGACUCCUACUCACCACGGGAGGUCAUCAGGUAGUCCGCCAAUGACCACUGGGACAGGAAAUGAUGUAAAAUCAGCAUCUAAGUAUGGACGCUCAACUUCCAUGCCCGCUAAUCCAUCCCCAAUGGGAACUCCACAGAGGAGAGCAGUGGAGGCGCAUCAAAAUCAGAUGCCCCAGAUGCCAUGGAUAUGUGGCGACACCACAAUGCUAGAGCAGAUCGAGAGGAAGCGCACCCUCUGCAUGGAGAUCCGCUCCAGGCAGCACCCACACUUGCAGAGAUCUCUGGAGAAGCCACCACCUCCGGACAGGAACGAGGACAGGCAUCAGGAGAGAAGUCAGUGCAAGCAAGAAAGUGCACCUGUCCUCCCAGGCUGGGGAAAAAGCAGCGGGGCCAAGAAGAUCCGUCCCCCCCCUUACCCGACACAGACGACCGUAUUCUGGGACACAGCCAUCUGACAUUAACAAGGAACUUAGACCUCCCUACCACCCAACCCCCUCCCCCCAAUUACCCACUCCCUCUCCCCGUCAGGUUGCACUGGUCCUCCCCUGCAGAGCCAGGGAGUUCGGGGCAGCCACUAAGAAGACCAGAGGGAUGAUAUUCGUUGAUGUCAAAAGGACAAUGGUGGUUACCACAGCAAUAUUUCUGCUCGUUCAGGUUGUCAUGUUUUCUUAUCAUCACUGGUGAUAUUUGAUAUUUUUCUAUUUCCUGUGACUGGACUCUUGUAAUAUAAUUAGUAGAGUAGAUAUUUGAUGAUGAAUAGAUAUUUUCUAAAUGCGAUGACGGGGAUCAAAAAGGAGCUUAAAUGAUGUAUAGUAGAUGUAGAUGCAAUCUAAUAUUUGUUUUUAUGUUCUUUUUGUUUAGAUUAUUUUACAUUCGAAAGCAUAAUCUAUCAUCUAUCAAUACUUGUACUGUAGUAGCAUAAUUUUGUUAUGCCCAACUCUUGUUUUUGUGCUCAAAAGCACUAAAAAUGAAUGGACUGCUCAAUUCUGUCUAUAUAUACUUUGCAUUUUCACUGUUGUAUUGUAAGUGGAGGAGUUUAACGUGCUUUAGAUUCCAGCGCUCUCCAUGCCUGGUCCGGUGUGUUGUAGAAUGUACAACAGUUGGUCCUAGAAACAGAAACAGGAAACUCGUGUGCUUCAAUUUGUACAUUACAGUAAGACACUGUGUAGUCAGCCUUUGGAAGCAGUUGAAUUCAUAAGGGAACCUGUUGGCUGGCAUGUUGUAGAGGACCGAGUACGUGUGAAAUGUUUCCGUUGUAUUCUAAGAUACACUAUGAGGGUGGUUUGGGGAGGUAGUUAAUUAGAGCAUACAUUAUAAUGACAGUAUAAUUUCCGAGACCAGCCAAAGCCUGUAAAAGCAAGAUAUGGGUGUGGUUGCACUUUUGGUGGUUGGUUAGUUAAACUGGGGUUAGGGGCAAUAGCUGGCGAGUACCAGUGCGCUUACGUUGCCAUGCACACUGCGAGCACCCAGACAAUGUAAAUACUUGAUGCCAACAACCAGCCCGUACAAUCAACACCUGAGCUUUUAGAAGAUUUCUUAAUUUUACUGCAGAUUAUAAUAGCCAUAUGCACUUGCUUAAGAAAUAACUUUCAAGAUUAUGCUUAUAUAUUUUUUUGAAAAUGUUAGGAGUGGUGAGUUGUGCCAUGUAAGUUUUAUUUUAUUGGCUGGGAGGUAAAGCCUCAGGAGACCGGCUGCGUGCGACAUGCAGCCAUCUGUAACUGGUUGUCCCCGACAAUGUUUCCAAUUCAAUUGGCUGGCAACCGUUUUAGAGAUCAAAUUGUUUAAGGACCUAUCACAUGGCGACAGCUCUACCCAGCCGAAAGGACAGGGGUUGCACAAAGGCCUACACGUUUUUGAGGCUUUGUUAAAAAAAAUAAAUAAAUAAAUGAAUAACUAAAACUGCACUACCCAUCAUCUUCCAUCACAUUUAAUCAGGCUGGUUACAUACAUGUUCCUCUCCCCCUGCUCUCUCCCUCUACCUCAACCUCUUACUUACAUCAUUCAAUUGGUUCACUUUUGCACAAUAAAAUGCAAUGUCAGCAUUGCCAAAACAGAAAGGGUUUGACGGAUGAGCAGGCCCCGAGAGUGCAAGUGCAGUAGCCCCUCUCCGAGGAUCGAUGAUGCAGAGACCCCUCUUUGUUGUACCUGUAUGUCUGUGAGGGAGAGAGCCGUGCGUGUUUGUGAGUGUGUGCCAAGCUACACUGUAUGCAAGUUGCAAGUUAAAAAUGAUUGUUUUCAGACACCCACUUUGCCCUAUCAUGACGUUGGUGGGUGGAGGUUGGAAAUGUAAUAAUGAUGAUGUACAAUCUUUUUGUGUGUAUAAACGUGCACUGUGAAAAGUUAGAGAGAGCACCGCACUGUCAGUCCUCUGUCUUAUUGCACUGAGUGUUCUCUUGUUUUGCGUAAUAAAAAAAGAAAAAGGAAAAAAAAAAAAA